AUGAAGUCACUGUGCUUUUCUGCGGUCCGUAAACCUGCUUCAACGCUAAUCUUGCCCUCACAAAGGAGGUUGCUUAGUGUGUCUAGAGCUUUACUACAGGAAAAGAAAGAAUCAAAGAAGAAACCUGUAGAUUUCAAUCCUAGACACCUUGGUGUGGCAGCCCAGAUCUAUAUUCCUACUUCUUACAAGAAUCUGCCUAACGUUUUUGCUCAUCCCAUAACCUUUUUCAAUUCUUUGAUUAGAAGAGUUUAUACCUUUGGAUUGAAUACUGUACAGGUGGGUCUCUUUCGUUACCAGUCGGGACUGAAACCUAAGUUUUUACUGUGGAAGAACAGGGCAAUUGAGACGUAUGUGAAUGUGAAUUCUGCAUUUGCCCAUCGUAAACUUGAGGAAGUGAAACCGAUAGUGUCUUUAUGGGUUGAAGAAGCAUUGGAAGCUAGAGCUCGCCAGCUACCUAAAAAUGUUAAGCUUGAUUGGCAGUUGAUUAAAUUCAAUCAUGUUCCAAAGCUUGUCUCAGUGCAAGCUAUGAUGAUACCGGGGAAGCCUCUCGAAAAUAUUCAAUUGGUUUAUAAAUUUGAUACUGCCCAGCGAUUAAUCAAAUACAAUAAAGUGACUAACGAAGCAGAAAAACUGGACAGAAAUGUUGUCGAUUAUGUUGUCUUCCUUUGCGAUGCAACCACUAAUGACUUAAUCCUUCUAGGUUCAGUGUUCGAAAGCAAGCCCGAUGAAAAAUUACCAAAAACCUACGAGGAUGAUAAUCAAAUAGCGAUUGAGAGGAUGAAGGAAAGUGGUGAUCUUUUCAGAUUGCCAUCAAAAUAG